ACUAACUCGACUAGCGACGCUAAAUAUGUUUCUUUCGCAGAAAAUGUUGACUGGAGAAAUCCAAGAGACAAAAUCAACGUUCCGGUAAAUCAACAGGCGUCGUUUUGUGAAAGAAACCAAAAAAUUCUCGGAUUUGCUGAAAAAACUUAAAUCCAUCCUAUUUCACCCCCAAAAAGAGUAAACAAUGGUUGUUGCGGAUGAAGACCCUCCACGUAAGCGCUCCAAGCUGUCUCUAAAGUCUUCUCGAAAAGGAGAAAGUGCACCACUGGAAGAGCCACCUUCUUUGGAAGCAGCAGGUGCUGCACCACAGGGACCUAUUGUUCGGCCAAAAACUGAGCCCACAGCUGAAGACUGCCCUCCUCCUGUUUUGGAUUUGUCUCAAAGUGACCUUCCUUGUGACAGCUAUGGUGUACCCCCAGUUGCUUCCCUAGAAAAUCUGGGAAACACCUGCUUUCUCAACAGUGUACUAGAAGUUUUGCGAUACACUCCUUGUUUCCUGGAAGGCCUGGGGGAACUGUACCGACAUAUAGUAUACCUAGAAAAAGUUAGAGUCGCAGCAUCUUCCAAAAAUGGUUCAGAGGUGAAACCAGAGGUUAUGUUGUCAUGGGAACUGGUAAAGAGCAUCUACAAGACAUACAAAAUGAUGGAGAAAAAGGAACAAAUGUUCCACCAGUUAGCCAGUCCAGACGUGACAAGCAUGUCUGUGAAGCCAAAUAAGAUUCUAGAUGACAUCAGGUAUUUCAACCCCAUGUUUGAGGGAAACAUGCAGCAUGAUGCUCAAGAACUGCUUCGCUGUCUUCUAUGCUACCUGGAAAAUGCCGAGAAAGAACUUCAUGAUGCUUACACAGCCAUACUGGCUGUGGAUCCAUCACUGCUCAAAAUGUCUGCAGUUUCAGCUGAGAAAGAGCAACGUGUCAGACAGAGAAGAUUCUGUUUCUGUGUAAGGUGCAGAAUUCAAUCAUGGAAAAGUUUCUUGAAAGGGGAAAAAGUCGGUGGAACAGGUCAUCAGGAAGCAAUAGUCAAGCAAGAAGACAGUUUGAUAGACUCAAAAGGGACAUCACGCAGUGAGGUGAACUUUGCAAGUAAUACAGGUCAGGAGUUGGCAUUGAAGGAGAGAGAUGCAAAUUGUGACUCUAUAGAUGAAAGUUUUGAGAGGGAAACGAGCAUGAGAUGGAACAAUGGAGUCGAAGCAGAUACACAAUCAUCAAAGCAACCUGUUGACCAGCUCAUUGGUAAUGGGUCUUGUAACCCAGAGAGAAUAAAAGAGAAUGCCAAGUCACCUUGUAACUGUCCACAACCAAAGCGUCGGAAAGUGGGGAAAGGUCUCUGUGUUAAAGAAGGGUUAGAUGAGGAUGAGGUGGAUUCCUGCGACACUGUGACUUCAUCAGGGUAUCCUGCUAUGGGGAAGAAGGUGGAAUGCAUAGACAAGGAUUGUAAGGCAGCUGUGUCCAAUCAAAGUCCCAGCAAGACCCGUUCGUCUCCUCGACUGUCGGUGACUAAUAUGCAUGCUAAAUGUCAGUUUAACAGCUGUGAUUCCUCAAAAGUUUGCCAGAAACCUAGAACACAGAACUGCGAACCAGCUGUGGACAAUGAAUCCUCCUCAGAAAAAUGUAAGAAAAACAUUGCGGUGGCUUGUGAAAAAAAAAUUCAGCCAACUAUUUUGUCGAUGUUUGAAAAAAAGCGACUUGGUAUGAGAGGUGGUGUUGCACGCAGAAGCUUUGCAGGAAGUAUGCCGUUUAAUGAGAAUAAAAUAGACAUAGACUUCAAAACAGAUGCUGGCAACCUAAGAACAUCUCCACGGAAACAUAAUGGUAGCUGUUCAAAUAUGAUUUCAAGGUAUGCUGCCAAAGGGGGAUUGCAAGGGGGAACUUGUGACAGUGAAGAUGAGACAGAAGGUGCUGGCACAUCAAUCUUAGACAAGGAAGGAUUAUCCCCUAAGACAAAUUCUCUAGAAUCUGGGAAUGAAGAUGUUGCACAAGGACCUAAUAAAACUGCUUGUCCUAUACAGCUGAUGGCAAAAGAGAACAUUCAAGAAAGCACAUCGACUGCAGAGUGUGCAGAGAGAACUACCAAAUCAGUAGACGACAAGCAGACACCAGCUAAACAGCAAGUUUUGCAUACCAACUCCAAGUGUGGCUCUGGAUCACCUAGCCACAUGAACAGUGUUUUGCUUUCAUUAUCAAGGAACACCAUUUCAGACACACCAAAGAGUUGCUUAGGAAAACCUGCAGCAGAAUCUUUCACCUGGGACAAGAGUAAGCUGAGUUCACCAGUUGCUAGCAAUGUCAGCCAAGAUGUCUGUAAAGCGAAGAGUGCAGCAUUGCUGCAGCCUGGCAAACUUAUGAUAAAGCUGGAGAAAUGUGACCAUGUGUGCAACAGCCCUUCUAUUUCUGCAUCUGCAGCAUUGAAAGUGCUUCAGGCACCUUCGCCUGCCUGUCGACGAAUGACCUUUGUCAAAAAUGAAGCAAACAACGUGACCUCCAACAGUGUAGACAGUGAUAAUGAAGACGACGAUGUAAGCUUAGGAACCAUGGGGUCUUUCAAGUCAGUCCCACUAAAAUCAGUGUGCAUCAAGGUUGAGAAAUGUGACAUGGUGUGCAACAGUCCAGACAAAUCGGUCAACGCUCAGUUCGCUGCCACCUACCUAGCUCGCCAAAGAGCUCAGCGCUUCAACAUCAUAGAGAAGCUUUUCCAAGGGACCAUGAUGAUGCGUACCAAGUGCCUGGAGUGUGAGAGAUGCACAGAACGAAGGUCCUUCCAGGAUGUUAGUGUGCCACUGAAAAGGGAGUGCAGCACUGAUACAGAUUCAGAAUCAGAUGAAGAAAGAGAUUCCUCUCUGCUUAGCCUGAUGCAUGCAUUCACAGAUGUUGAACACCUUCGAGAUGACAACAAGUACUUUUGUGACCACUGUCUACAUUAUGUGGAGGCUGAACGCUCGCUCCACUAUGAAGCUCUACCAAAUAUUCUGACAGUUCAUCUGAAGCGUUUCAGUGCAUCAACAGGAAUGUUUGGAUGCUUAUCAAAGAUAAAUGACCAUGUAACAGUGCCACUUCAACUCUCUUGUUUGAACUACAAGUGCCCCAAGUUUUGUUCAAGGCCGGAUCACAGGUACACCCUGUAUGCCAUCAUAAUGCACGCUGGUUCUACUAUUACUUCUGGCCACUACCUGUCUUAUAUCAAGGCCCGUCCAAAUGAGGAUGGAUCACCACUGGCUUACGACACACUUACAAAUUAUCUUAACACCAGUCCUGCCACGAACAACAGGUCAGUUGAUGAGCAUGAAGUCACAUGUGGAAUGGGGGAUCCUUCUGACUCCUGGGAUUCUUCCUUCAAGGGAGAGAAGCAGACAGCCACACCAUGUGACAAGGGAAAUGCACAAGAUUUAUUGGCAAAUGAUGCAGAGUCCAGUGGUUCACUGGAGUACCAUUGGCUGGAGUGUGAUGAUGAAACCAUCCAUAUUCUGUCAGAAAAGGAGUUCAAUGGGAGAUUGAUGGAUAAAGAAAGUUCUUUGCGUGGUACUCCGUAUGUCCUUUUUUAUCACCGUUUAGAUACAUGGAAGGGAAGUGAGUCAAGUAGGAAUGAAUGUACAAAAAGGAAGGGAAAGUAAGUGAGAAAUGAACAAAAAUGGAGAAAAGUAAAAAUAAAUGAUAUAGAUAUUUGGACAGAGUAGAAAAGAAAAUGAGUAAGAUGAACAAAUGGAACGUUUACACAGGUGGAAAAAAAAGGACUGCUUAACUGAAGAAGAGUAAGAAGUGAGCCACAGGGAGGCUGACACACAGAGUGAUAGAAAUGGUUAUUCAAAUGGAUACCUUGUGGGUGUCAAACAGACUUCUUCAGAACUGGAUCCACACAUAGAGAGAAAGUGAAAGCAAGUCAGAGGGAAGCGAACUGUUGUCGAAAUCUCAGGAAUUGUUUUGUAAAGUUUAGUUGAUGUGUGCCUAUGGGGCAGAUACAUCAGUUGGAAGCAUUCAGUACGAAGUAUUUUGACUGGUUGACUCCAACAGUGUGACAGACUUACUGAUUGCAGCCUUUUGAUAUUCUUUUAAUUGCUGUUUAGAUAAAAAAUAAAAUGUAUCCUUCACAUCUUGGCUUAUAAUUUUAAAAAAUAUGGCUCAGAUUUGUUAUUCUAUCCCAUAAAAAAGUUUUAGAAGGUUUUGAACUCUGGUUAUCAUGUUGAUCAUAUUUUAUGCUGUCAGACAAAAUACAUGCGAGUAAUGAAUGUAGGCUCAUAUAUCGUAGUCUGCUGUACAUUAUUGUAGGGAUCUGUAUGAAAACUUUGUUUUUGGGGAAUGAGAGUUGUUUUGGUUGUUUUGGUGGUCUAUCUUAUAUCAUCAUCAUCACUCCUUUAACUGGCACUGGCUUGACUCUGAUCGCCAGCUUGCCUGUCAGGCUGACACUGAUAUUAGGGAUAGGGGGAGUGUACUAGAUGAGAUGCAGCAGUGGCUAAUCUUGUGCACUUUUUUAAUUAGGAACACUGGUGGAUAAAUCUACAAGCCUGUGGAUUUCCCAAUGCUACAUCAGUGGAAUACACAUGAAUACAACUUGCUCCAAGAACCAACACAAAUGAAUAUACCAGCAGAAGUGUUAGCCAAUUGCAUGGUGGCUAUAAAAUAUUCCUGCUGUUCUUGCAUUCAUUUGCCUUGUGUUUCAGCAGAUCUAGAACUUUGCGGAAGCAAAUAAGGUCGAGGUGACUUUUGUCGUUGGCAACAAAAAUAAACUUUCCUCCUCCUACUCAUCGAAUGGAUACAAAAAGGCAUUAGAUGCAUGAACCCUGUGUCACGUUCUUAGGCACUGGCUCCCCAAGAGGCUAUUGACAAAAAUCAUGUAUAAACUGGUGUUACCAUCAUUAACACGUGUUUCAGGCCACAACAGAAUCCACAGAUACCAAUCCUUUCCAUCCUGGGUUGAUUUUGCAGACAGAUGUGCAUAUGUUUCUGCAUGUGUUUUUAAUGUGUUUUCUUACUGUAGAUUGAAAUUUUUCUUAGAUUUUUUUUUUACCAAAUUUUAUUUCAUGAGGAUCAACAAACAUUACAGAACUAAACAUUGCUUUUUUGCCCAUCCAAAACAGGUACAUCUGAAAAGUGAGGGGUCAAUCACAAGAAAAACAUGGGAGUAAAAAAAAAUCUCUUGAGUUAAGGUUUUACGUUUGUGCACUUGUUAAAAGGUUUCGUUGGGCAGCCUGUCCACUUUUUUGCAAGCUUGAAGUUAAAAUGUUCUCUGUAACUGGUAUGAUUUUUAUCUCCAUAUAACUGGUAACAGGUGUAUUCACCUUCCACACUGCCAUGAGCAACUACUUCACAUGAUACUAAGAUUUUCAUCUAACAUUACAGUACCAUAAAACAUGACAUUAGAAAAACAUAGCCAUACUUUACUGGACAUAACAGCACACAUAUUUGUACGAUAUUUUCAGAGUACAUGGAUAUUUUGGCCUGUGACCCAUUCUCCUUCCUUUUAUUUAUGACUGCAUAAUUUGAUGUGAAGAGUACGGAUCUCAGUCCAGUUAUAGAAGGUACAGGUUAGCAGUAACAACAGCUGUGACAAGUUCAUUAUCCUAGCCUGUUAUACUUCUUGUUCUGUCCCACAUUCUUUGCUUUAUCAAACAGCUUGCACAAGUUUUUAAAUUUUAGUCCCAUUGUUCCUUAUGUAAGGCUAUCUCAACCUAGGAUACUCAUCUGAGGCUUGUAGCAUUGGCCGGAUGCCAGUUCUAACACAAUGAUCUCUCCUUCACCUAAGAAACAUCAGUUAUUAUUUGUUUUACGAAUAAACAAGUAUUGUGUAGCAUAUCGUUAUCUGAAUAUAGGAACCAGCACUGCUAGCAGAUUAUGUACCUGUUGGAGGUUUUUGACUGCUAUUAGAUACCUGAUCUUUCAGCAUAGAAACUUAAUUUUGCUGUGGAAUAUUUCUAACAAAAUAUAUUUGAUGGAUAAAUGUCCGACCAUCAAAAGCAUGGCCAAAAUCUGUUUUCAGAAUGUCUUUUCUACGGUUUGCACAUAUUCAGUAGUUUAUUUUAAUAAAAGUUUGAUUGAGAACACAUGAAUUCCUCACAUAACUGCCAUAUCUUGGCACUUUGUGUCAUUAUGGUUAGAUUUUAAAAGGUGUUUAUAAAACAGUAAAUUACAGGUGUUUAUAUCAA